CAUCCGCCUGACCCACUACUGUUUACAAAUCAGCAGAGAGAACUACACUGCAGAAUGAGGAGUCCUGCGUGAACUGAACAGUGUCAUCGUUUUCUUUUGAGUCUUGGCUUUGGAGAAUCACAAGGCUGUGAGAGUCAGGCUGGCUGGUGGCCAUGCAGCAUCCUAAUUUCGAGACUCGCCACCCGCUCCAGACAGAUGAGCAGCAGGAGACGGGGUUUGACCCACUACAAAAUUUCAACAAGAACCGCAGCAGAGGAUCACUUGACAGCAGUUACUCACAAUCGCAGUCAACCUUUCUGUCGUACAGGAAAGAAUGGGACGACUUGUUCCUCAACAGUAAUUACCUGGCCAGGAUCCGGCAGGCAGGCAUCAGCGGUCGACUGAGGAGCAGCCGCUUUCGGAGCGUAUGCUGGAAGUUGUACCUGGAGGCUCUUCCUGAAGAUAAAGGGCAGUGGAUCAACAAGACCAAUCAGCUCCGAGCCCAGUAUGAAAAGAUCAAAGAGAUGGUGAGAGCGCCACUCUGUGGCCAGCGCUGUUGGC